UUGUUUAUUUUUCCUUGUGUCUCUCAGCAGGUUUCUGCCAUGGGUGACAGGGGAACAAGCAAUCACUCAGUAGUGACUGACUUCAUUCUUGUAGGCUUCAGGGUCCGCCCAGAACUCCACAUUCUCCUUUUCCUGCUCUUUCUGCUUGUGUAUUCCAUGAUUCUUCUAGGGAAUGUGGGGAUGAUGACCAUUAUUAUGACUGAUCCCCGGCUGAACACACCAGUGUAUUUCUUCCUAGGCAACCUCUCCUUCAUUGAUCUCUUCUAUUCUUCUGUUAUUGCACCCAAAGCUAUGAUCAACUUCUGGUCUGAGAGCAAGUCCAUCUCCUUUGCCGGCUGUCUGAUCCAGUUCUUUCUCUUUGCCUUGUUCAUUGUGACUGAGGGAUUUCUCCUGGCAGCCAUGGCUUAUGACUGCUUCAUUGCCAUCUGCAACCCACUCCUCUACUCUGUCCAGAUGUCAACUCGCCUCUGCAUUCAGUUGGUGGCUGGUUCCUAUUUUUGUGGCUGUAUCAGCUCAGUUCUUCAAACAGGCAUGACAUUUACUUUACCCUUUUGUGCUUCCCGGGCCAUUGACCACUUUUACUGUGAUACUCGUCCACUUCAAAGGAUAUCUUGUUCUGACCUCUUCAUCUAUAAGAUGAUGGUUUCUUUCUCCUUAUCUGGUAUCAUUAUCAUGCCUACCAUCAUAGUUAUUACUGUUUCUUACAUGUAUAUUGUGUCCACAGUUCUGAAGAUACGCUCCUCUGAGGGAUGUAAGAAAGCCUUCUCCACUUGCAGCUCUCACUUAGGAGUCGUGGGUGUACUGUAUGGUGCCGUCUUUUUUAUGUAUCUCACUCCAGACAGAUUUCCUGAGCUGAGUAAAGUGGCCUCCUUAUGUUACACUUUAGUCACUCCCAUGUUGAAUCCUUUGAUUUACUCCCUGAGAAACAAAGGUGUCAAAAAAGCACUAAAGAAACUUCUAGAGAAGAGAAAUACAAUUGUUUGA